AUGACUUGGAUUUGUAUUCUAUCGCCUUAGUUGCAGCAUUACCUGUGUAGUAAUUCUUAUUAUUUUUCUAAUUUAUAAAUAAAAAGAAUGUCGCUGCUGCGUAAACUAGGCACCUACACGCUGCAAGCGAAUGUCUGCAAUUGGAGCCGCCAGCUAUCCGCCACACAGCGUUUGUUCAGCACUGAAGGAACGACGACGAGCGAUAAAAAUGUGAGCGAGACACAGCCGGAAGAAAAUACGGCCAAGGGAGGAUUCGCGCGUGCCUUUGAGAGAUAUACGGCGCCAGUGGAGCCGGAGCCCGAGCCCGUGGACAAUCAGAGUUUUGCCUCACUGCUGCGCAACUCCAAGUUCAUUGAUCUUGGCGAUCCGGAGGGCAAAAUUGUCAGUGGUAAAAUCUUUCACGUUGUCGGCGAUGACUUGUAUAUAGAUUUUGGCUGGAAGUUUCAUUGUGUGUGCACGCGACCCGCGAGGAAUGGCAGCGACUAUGUGCGCGGCGCACGCGUUCGUCUGCGCGUCAAGGAUCUGGAGCUAUCCACUCGAUUCCUCGGCUCCAGCAAGGAUAUAACUAUACUCGAGGCUGAUUGCCAGCUGCUGGGACUGAUCGCCACGCCCACGCGUCAAUCGAACCCACGAGUGGAAUUCAACGCACCACGAAUCGAGACGUUGCUCUAAAGAUCUACACAAAAUAUCUAUUCACUGCAUUAAACUAGUAAAAGAAUCAAAA